GGAAGCCCCUCAGUUUGCUCUUAGUCACGGCUUUGUCUCGCCAGCUUCUCCCCGAUAGGCAUGUCUUUCUAGGAUGUCCGGUGGGCAUCCUCCUCCCAGGCUCUGUCUGGCGCAUCCUCCGUCCUUCCCUGCACAUCUUCAUUUUCCUUUGAAGGAGCUUUCUCUUGUGAAUAAAAACGCAUGUCCUGGGGUUCUAAAUACACCCCAUUCUUAGCUCAAGAGUUGGGGUGUAAAUUUUGCCACAGGACUUAAGAGAUAACAGACUGAGCUUGGUGUCACCCACUGCGCUGUCACCUCUAGAGCGGCCCCUCAAGCCACACUGCUGCCCUACCACACACCCAGCCACCGGAAGCCCCCUGAGAGGUGGUCUUUCCCCUGGGGGGUGCUUGCCGGCCCAGCAGACUAGGAAAAAAUCACCGUGAGGCUCUGUAUUCACAGGAAUAGUUUAUAGACAGAUAAUCCACAUUUCAUCCUUAGCAUUUUCCAGUGCUGUGCAAAGGUGUCUUGAAUUACUCUGGUAGCCUUUCCAGAAAGGCCGGCUGACUUCACCGCAUUUCUCGAGUUACAGUCAGGCCAAGAGUCUGAGCCCUGAGUGAGCGGCUGAUGAUGGAGGCUGGAAGCUGAGGGGCGGGGAGUAGGGCAGGGUCUAAGUCUGGACUCCAGACUCCUCCUUGUGGCUCCGUGGGAUCGUUCUCAGGAAAUCAGAAGGAAAGAGAAGGGUCUGGUUGGGGGGUGGCUCUCAAGUCUGUGAAGUCCUGGGGGCUUCCCUCUGAAAUGCCCCUUCAUCUCCCUCCUACUCCUGGCCUGGCAGCUCUAGACAUCACUUCCUCAGUACCUGGUUUUCCUGGAAGGAGGCAGCCAGUGCUUCACCUGCUCAAGGAUGUCUUUCAGGAGUGAGUCUGGCCUCAAUCGGUCGCAGUCGGGUAGCCCGUGGAGAGGCCAGGGUUUGGAAUCAGGGAACCUUGUGUAUCCGGAGCCAGGCCUCACACUGCCCUCCACCCCACAAAGCCACAGGGCGGGGGGUAGGGGGACAGGCAGCAGGCAGUGUCCUCUUCCUGCCUGUCACCCCACGACCCUCCUGCCACCAGACCCUGUGUCUCCCACAGGUCACCUGCAUGUCAGCAUGGCAGCCACAAACCUGGAGAACCAGUUACACAGCGCACAGAAGAACCUCUUGUUCCUUCAGCGGGAGCACGCAAGCACACUCAAGGGGCUGCACGCGGAGAUCAGGCGGCUGCAGCAACAUUGCACGGAUUUAACAUAUGAGCUGACAGUCAAGAGUUCGGAUCAAACAGGGGACGGAGCUUCCAGAAGUAGUGAACUCAAGAAAAGAUGUGAAGACCUGGAGGCGCAGCUGAAACUGAAGGAGGACGAGAACACGGAGUUGCUGAAGGAGCUGGAGCAGAAGAACGCGAUGAUCACCGUGCUGGAGAACACCAUCAAGGAACGCGAGCGCAAGUACCUGGAGGAGCUGAAGGUCAAGAGCCACAAGCUGGGCGUGCUGACCAGCGAGCUGGAGCAGCGCGCCGGCACCAUCGCCUACCUGACCUCGCAGCUGCACGCCACCAAGAGGAAGCUCCUGAGCUCGGGCGGCACCUCGGACGGCAGCCCGGCCGGCAGCCCCGCGCUGACCAGCUACAAGCCGGUGCCGCCCAAGGACAGGCUGCCCGAGACGCCCCGGCGCCGCAUGAAGAAGAGCCUCUCGGCCCCGCUGCACCCGGAGUUCGAGGAGGUCUACAGAUUCGGGGCCGAGAGCCGGAAACUGCUGCUGCGGGAGCCGGUGGACGCCAUGCCGGACCCCACCCCAUUCCUGCUGGCCAGGGAGUCGGCCGAGGUCCACCUGAUCAAGGAGCGGCCCCUCGUCAUCCCCCCCAUAGCCUCGGACCGCAGCGCCGGCGAGCAGCCCAGCCCGGCGCGCGAGAAGCCGCACAAGGCACACGUGGGCGUGGCGCACCGCAUCCACCACGUGGCCCCGGCGCAGGCCCCGCCCGAGGUGGAGACGCUGGCGGUGGACCAGGUGAACGGAGGCAAGGUGGUCAGGAAGCACUCAGGGACGGACAGAACUGUGUGAGCGCCCCACCCCACCCCCUGGCGACCCUCCACCCCGCUGUCGAGGCACUGUGAUCACCACUAGGAAAACACUCCAUCCGCACCUCCUCUUUUGCUUUGUCUUUUUUUUAAUUCCCAUGCAUGCCAAAUUUUUUUCACACUGUCAACAGAUUAUUCUCCUCCUGCUCCUCCUCUGGCCCUCUGACUUGACACCGAAACAGGAUCUUGCCUCUGCCGCAGAAUCCGUAUUUACUAAUCGCUGAGGCCAAACACCUGCGUGCCCACUCGCUUGCUUCCAGCCCCGCUCCGCGGAACCUCCGCGCACGCGCGCGCACGCGCACAGCACGGGCCACCGGCCGCGUUCCUGCUCGACGUUAACGAAGUUAUCCGAUAGUCACACGCCUAAUUCUAAAGUCGGAGCAACGCAUAUCGGCCUUGACCUCACGCCUCCGGUUUGGGGCGGCCUUUCCGGAAAAGCCCUGCGCCCUCCUGGAGAACCCCCCCGACACACCCACCCCGGGGGCGGCACAGAUAAACGAGCAGAUGUAUGUUAUGUCACAGGAACUAAAUAAGAUGACAUUACUCCUCAUAUCACCACGACCUGAAUGUGUGUUCAUAUUUUUUGUUGUUUUAGCCAAAAUGUUCAAGAUCCCAACAAACUUUAUUUUCUAAACCUGC